AAAAAAAAAAGAGGAGCCGAGGAAUUAGAGGCUUUCUUCUUUGUCAUUUACUAGCAUUGCACCCUUGGCUCCUCCCCAAGGCUUCUGCCUAAAUUUCCCCGGCCUCCCUCCGACCCGGCCCAACACUCGGGGCGGCGCCGCUGGGCCAGCAGAGGGCGCCAGGCGGACCGCAGCCCAGAAGCCGCGUUAUGGCCGCCUCGCGGGUGCUGCUGCUCCUGUCCGGGCGCCCUGUGUCGCCGAGCUUCGUGCAGAGUGUGUGUCGCCUCCUGGGCGCCGGGCCAGGGUUCGGGCCGUGGCCCACGCACUGCGGCUUUAAGCGAGGACGACUCGUCCUCUCGGACCGGCCAUUCCCAGGCGCUUCGACCACGCUUCCGCUUCAGGUCCGGAGAAAGGGGAGCGGGGUGGGGGGCAGGAGUGGGGUGUGGAGCUGGCGCCAGAGGCCAGGCUCCAUCAGACUCGACCUCCUCCCCCAUCGCGCGGCGUUGCCCAAUUUUUGCCCGGCUUCUGAAGCCUUAAACCAAACGGCCACCUACCCCCCGCACCCCCACCAGCGACCCCCUUUCUGCCCUUUUGUGGCACUGGACCAGCAGCAGCUCAGGGCUCGGGGGUCUGAGCUGCCCACGAAUCGAGGUGUGGAUCUGGGUGUGGCCGUCAUUCUGCAGUCCAGCGACCAGACUGUCUUAUUAACCCGAAGGACAAGCACCCUCAGCCUUUCUCCCAACCUCUGGGUACCCCCAGGUGGGCACGUGGAACUUGAUGAAGAGCUGUUAGACGGAGGGCUCCGAGAGCUUUGGGAGGAGAGUGGAUUGCAGCUGCCCCAGGACCAGUUCUCUUGGGUCCCUCUGGGGUUAUGGGAGUCUGCCUACCCUCCAAGGCUGAGCUGGGGUCUCCCCAAAUACCAUCACAUCAUUCUCUAUCUUCUCGUGGUCUCCCAGGAGUCACAGCAGCAGCUGCAGGCCCGGAUCCAACCAAACCCAAAUGAAGUGAGCGCCUUUAUGUGGCUGGGACCAGAUGUAGCAGCUGCAGUGGCCACUAUAGAGGAUGGUACAGAGACAUCCAGGCAUCUCUCCCAGGAGCUACCACCCUCCAUCCUUAUAGUAGAACUAAAGGAGGAUGGAGGAGCUCGACCCCUGGCCUUGCCCGUGUCCACACUGCUGCGGACAACCCCAACCACAGAUGAAGGAAAAGAGAGGGUCAGCUCUGGGACGAAGUUUGCCCUCAGGCUCUGGCUGCAACAUCUGGGCAGGUAGUGCUGGGAUGGCAGCUGAGGUGACAGGACAGUGCUUUUUGGUCGGGGGCAGGUCCUCCUCAUCUGACGAACUCUCUAUUGUCAAGUCAAUAACUUCAACUUUCUUCUUAUUCUCCGAUGGAUUGCCCUCUUGGACUGGGCUGUACUGGAGGCCUGCGGGUGGUAAGAGGACUGUGUCUCAGAGACGAAGCCAUCCAAGAUGUAGUUCAGCUGGGGGACAGGGGGUCACUCACCAUCCAGCCCAUACCCUGGCGGGGGGCAAACCUCAGAUGCCUCCUUCUUGGGUUUCAUUGGGCACCAGGAUCCAUCUUCCAUGAACUGGAUCUCAUCACAAUCCGAACAGGAAUUAAGUAUCUCCAUGAAUAAGCUGGGGGAAGGGGAGAGAUGGGAAUUCAUGGGGCUGGGAGAUGGCUGGGAACAGUAGCCGGGGAGUUCUGGGACUCACCUUCCUGAACCUCAGGAACUGAGGUUUCCUUGUCUGUAUUCACUCUACUAACUCUUGAGUUGUCGGAAUCAAAUAAAGUAAGGUAAUAUAAAAGAGA